AGGGACUUUCAUCGACUCGGUUAUAAAGGAUGGAUACACUUGACAAUGAUUGUCAAUUGCUUAUAAUAAAGUAUUUAAGCUUACGAGAUCAAUUGUCACUUUUUGAACUAACCAACGAAGAACCCACAAAUCGUGUAAACUCGAAUCUGCACUAUGCUUGGCAACAUCAGCUGAGCUUUCAUUUGGAUGAAGAUCACUUUGAAGUCUUUGUUGAGAAACCAGAAAUAUUACAUGGUUUCCUAUCCAUCAUCUGUACAACAGUGCAUCAUUUGACUCUAUGGGAUGUCACAUUGGAUAGACUUACAUGUUGGAAGCACUAUAAUUUUUCGGAAAUGAAAUCACUAGAGUUCAGACUAAAUUACGACUACAAUGACAUGAUGAACGGGUACCAAGUUAUACAGUUAAUGGGAGAUCUUUUUCCUGAAAUUCACAAUAUCAAGCUUUGCGAUAAAUUUGAUAUGAUUCACUUGAGAAAUUGGAAGCAUUUGCGCAAAUUGGACUUAACGCAAUGUUUUCCUAUAUUUCGAACUGAUGAAUCUUCUUGGCGAAUUAGCGAGCUGAAGAUGCUGGAAGAGCUGAUAAUUAAUCACGAAGAAUUAAAUGAAGAGCAAUUUGAGAUAUUAGUGAAUUUGCCCAAGCUUCAAAUACUUACUUUGGAAUUCUUGGCAAAAAACCGUUUAAACUGUAUAAUUAAGAUGCGGGCAAUGGACAUUCAAAAAAUUACUUUAAAUGGCUUUUGCUUGAACGAAUUAUCCGAUGCAGAAAAAUUGAUAAAUUUACGUCAAGUAACUUUAGUGAAUAUAAAAAUUACACGCGAAAAUAUACAAAAACUGAUCAAGGGUUUACCUCUACUGAAACGACUUGAUAUUAUCGAUUCUCGCAUUUUAAGCUCUGAGAUUGAGCUUUGGCAAACUUUUGCCUGUUGCCCGUCUUUGCAGAUCUUAAAUGUUUCGAACGUGAAGCUACACGAAGGAUUCUUUUCCUUAAACAGACGCCCUAUCGAAAUGGUUUUGAAUAGGCGAUGGACUCCCCUGAGCGUCAAUUGGCAUAAUACAAUUGAAAAUGAACUGAUUCGUUCAUAUCUCAAGCAUCCAAAUUUAAAUGUCUCGUUUGAGCCUUUUAAAAUCGAUUAUAUUGCAUAUUGUGUUGAAAUUAAAUUUUCCCCUUAGACAGUGAAUUAACGAAGAGGAGACGGAGUAAUGUAAUUUGACAGUACUAAUAUAACAAUUUCUGUGAUUAAUAAAUGAAUCAAGUCAAAUAAAUCAAGAACAAGAA